AUCAACAUUUGGUAGCAGUAUGCUAUACACAACUAUGUAUAAUCGCAUGGCAUAUGCAGUUUAACAGCUUCUUGUCGAAGACCUGUUCCGAGACUAACUUUCCUCAGCCUCUUUCGCCACAACGGAGCACUACGCUGCGAAUACGCAAAGGCUGAGGAAAAGUCGCCAACGGCCUUUGCUAGAGCUCAUCUUGGAGUCUGUUAGCGUGGAGGCGAGCUAAGGCCCGCUUCCCCGUCUAGGCAGUCCCCUGCAAUGGACUUGACAAACAUCUUCAAUGGAGAGGAAACACGUUCGGAACGUGCUAACUCUAUAACCAGCAGCGAUCUUGAUCCUUUUUUGCUGCAAGGAGAUGAUCAAACAUGGGCUGUGGAAGACUGGAACUGGGAUCCUUUCAAUAUGUUCGCGGCACCCAAAGAGGUUCCUAACGUCGCAUGCUGCCAGGCGCUGAAGCGGCGAAAGGUAGUUGACAACACAGCCACUUCAGCACCACAGCAGGCUCCCCAGCAGCAGCAAAAUCAACAAGCCGGAUGUCAGCCCGGCCAUGGUCCCCAUGGCAACAACCGGCCGGGCCCGCCGGCCGCUGCAGCCUGCUGCGGCAAUGCAGCAUCCCAAUCCCAACAGCCACAAUCUCUGGCAGGUUCACUCCAGACAGCGCUCAACAGCCUGCUCCCAAAUCGCGUGGUUGAGACCUGCGGCGCAACCAGCACUUGCCAUGGCGCCGGCUUGGUCGCUCCUCCCCCCGCAAUUCCCGCUGCCGCUCCCAUAGCUGCCACCGGUGCACAGAUGGGCGCUAUGGCGAUGGCUAUGGGCCUGCCGGGCAACAUGGGCUGGGGCGGAAUGCCCGACAUGAGCGCUCCUGCCGCUGCAGCUGCCGCCGCCGCUGCUGCCGCUGUCGCUCCCGGCUUCUUCGCCAACAUGGCCGGCGGCAACGGACCCCUCGCAGGGCUGGGCUGGGGCGCUCAGCCCAUGUCCCUCCAGAUGCCCGGCCUGGCCUUGCCUGCCUUCCCAGGCGCCUCUCCGCCGGCUCUUCCCCUUCCCUCCCCCGCCUUCCAGGCUCCCUCCGGCCUGCUCAACCACCAGGCCAGUGUCGCAGUGCCGCCCUCCUCCAUCCCCUCCCCCGCUCUGGGCUCCUCGGGCGACACCACCUCCCUGCAGGGCAGCGCCGACAACGUCAAGCCGCCCUGCUGCAGCGGCAACCGCGCCGCCGGCGGCCCCACCUGCAGCGGCGGCAGGCAGCAGGCCGACAGCUCCAACAAAGGCGCGGUUCAGCCCGCUGAUCGGCCCGUCCAACAGGGCGGUGGGGGCUACGCGGGCGGCCGCGGCGGCGGCUUCGCCGGUGAGGCGGCCAUGCCAGGCGACCUUUCCGACUUUGCCAUUUCCGAGAGUGAGGACGAGGCGGAGGCGGCUCGUCGUGCCGGGGGCGGCGGUCAUCGCGGUGGUGCGCAGCAGAUGCACCCCGGGCUGUUGCUGCUGGGCGACGUGGUGGCGCUGCAUGACGUGGGCGACGACAACGGGCUGAUGGUGUGCCAGGUGCCGGGCUGCGGGAAGGACCUGUCCAACCUGAAGGAGUACCACCAGCGCUACCGCAUCUGCGAUGUGCACAUCAAGCUGCAGCAGGUCAUGAAGGACGGCCGGCUGCAGCGCUUCUGCCAGCAGUGCGGCCGCUUCCACGACCUGACGGCCUUUGACGGCAACCGCAAGAGCUGCCGCGACCAGCUCUCCAAGCACAACGCCCGCCGCCGCCGCCGAGCGCAGGCGGAGCAGGCCAAGGGCAGGGGCGGAGCAGCCGACGCCGCGGCUGCAGGCGCCGUCAGCGCGGCUGCCGCCGCAGCCGGCGGCGUCGCCUUUGACGGCGACGUUGGCAAGCUGCUGGCCUGUCUGAUGCAGAACCCCACGCAGCUGCAUGCACUCCGGCUGCUGCUGGGCGUGCCCACACACCCCGCGCUGCCGGCCGCGCAGCCGGCUGCCGCUCUCGGCGCCGCUGCGGGCAGCCCCGCAGACUCCUCGAGCGACGCAUCCGCCCCCGACCAGGCCCGCACCUACGGACUGGCGCGCGACAUCCUGGCGGGCCGCAACGACUACGCGCCCGCGUUCGAAAGCGAGCACCGCAUCGUCCGCCUGUCCAUGAAGCUCUUCAACAAGACGCCUGCCGACCUGCCCACCGACCUACGCAACCAGGUGACCAGCUGGUUGGCCUCCGCGCCUGCCGCCAUGGAGGCGUCCAUCCGCCCGGGCUGCGUGUUCCUCACCAUCCAGAUGCUGGUGGACGAGGUGGCGGCGGCGCAGGCGGCGGCUCCCGGGGCCGUUGAGAGCCUCACGGAGCACCUGCUGACUCGUACGGGUUGCCCGUUUUGGCACGUGGGCAUGUACACGGUGCAGCUGGGAGCGGAUGUGGUGCUGGUGCGGGACGGGAAGCUGGUCAGUGACAAGGCGGCGGAGGGCGCUGGGGCGGCGGCAGGCGGCAGCAGUCGUGGGGACGGGCGCUUCCCCAUCAUUCGGAGGCUGGCGCCGCUUGCAGCUAUGGCUGGGCAGCCGGUGGUGCUGAGGGUGCAUGGAGUGAACUUGGACGCGCCGGGCUGCUCGGUCAUUGUCCGCUGGGGCAACAAGCACGUCAAGGCGCACCUGCAGCCGCUGUCCACCCACCGCGCAGUGGUGCGCCUGCCGCCGCUGCCCGACCUGUGCGGCCCGGUGUGGCUGGAGGUGAGCCGCGGCGCCUACCUCAGCCCCGCCAAGCAGCUGCUGGUGGCCAAGGACGCGGCGCUGGUGGAGGAGAUCAACCGGUUGGACGUGCGCCACGGCCCGCUGCGUGCCGAGCUGGUGGAGCUGCUGCUGCAGGAUCUGGCGCUGGUGCUGCAACACAUUGCUGGGCAGCCGGGGGUCGCGAGCCAGCUGCCGCAUGCGGCCAUUGCGCUCAAGGCUCGUCGCCUGCUGGCAAUGGCCUGCGACAUGGGCUGGGCCGCCGUCGCCUCCGCUGUGCUACCCCUCGCCUGCGCCAGCUGCUCCUGCGCCGCGGAGAUGGUUGCCGCCAUCCACGCCGCCAGCGUGCCUUCCGCCGCCGCUGCUGCCGCAGCCGCCACGACCUCUGCUGGCGCCGCACCCACCGCUGACAAGCGCGGUCUGUCGCUGCUGCACCGCGCGGUUCGCAGCGGCAGCAUUCCGCUGCUGGCGGGCAUGCUGGCCUGGGGCGACAGCCACGGCUACCGCUGGCGUGUAGACGCGGCGGGUCCCGCAGGCAUCACGCCGCUUCACCUGUCCGCCAUGCUGGAGGAUGCGCGGGUGGCGCUGCUGCUGCUGGACCACUGCGGCUGGCCGGCGGCGUUCACGCACCUGCGGUCGGAUGGCGGCGUGACGCCCUUUCACCUGGCGUUCCAAAUGGGGCACUACCAGGUGGACACCCUGAUGGCCGCACUGGGCGGCUUGCACCAGGUGGACCCCCACUCGGGCGCCAACAACGCGGCGGGCGGCAACAACGCCAACAACAACAACAACAUCAACAGCACCAUGCAAGGCCAGGGUUCGGCGCAUGCCCAAGGCCGCCGGAGUCGCUGCGGCUCCGCCACCCUGCCUCCCGCAUUCGGUUUCAAGGUCGAAGAAGAUCUCAACGAAGACAUCAAGCCCAGCGCCAAUGCGCGCGGAGCUGCUGCCGCUGCUGCCGGCAACAACAACAACAGCUGCUGCGCGGAGCUCGACCCCUGCGAGAUGUGCCAUUGCACUCUGCCGCCGCUGCUGCUCUCCAUCAUGGCAUCGUGCAAUCAGUGCGGCCGCCGCAGGAUGUGCAUGGAGGCCGAGACGACGGCCGCCGCAGACCGUUGCGGCGGGUGCGUGUGCGGCGGCGCGCGUCCCUCUCUGCGUGCGGAGUUGGGAGAGGUCUGCAACUCGCAGCAGCACAGCACCAUAUUUUCAAUCACUGCGCUGUGCCAGGGUUGCCACGGGAAUCGCGUUUUGGCGGUUGCUUAGGCGGCACAGCGUUGGGCUAACGCAUAGGGGUUGGCUUCACAAAGCUGUUCAUUGAGGAUAGGGGUUGGCUACGCGAGUAGGCCGCCAGCAAAGGGACCGAUCAGUGGGGUGAAGGGGGAUGUCGGUCAGGACAAGGGAUCUUAGAGCAGAUGGAGGCGGUGCAUGGGGUAGGAUUGUUAGCAACUGGGGCAGGAGAUGAUGCUGUUGAUGGUGCUAAUGAGCGGAGAGGCUAUGUGUGCAUGCAUGGGGCCGAAGCGGGUUCGAAUGCAUGGGGAUGAGGUGGAAAGAGUAGUACGAAUCAGAGGGAUUGAGCGGUGGAGAGAGGUGGAGAGCUUGGGGCCCGGACACUUGGGAGGAGUGGAGAGCGCUCGGAGUGUGUGUGGGGUGGGAGGGUUCCGGCUGUCAAGUUAGUUGGCUAGCCCGAGACGCAUGGGUCAGAGGAGAUGGCUGAUUGGCGGAACCCGGCGGAUUUUUGCUCGCAAGGUAAAUUAGCUUGUUUUGCCUGUGUGUGUAUAGCUGGCUUACUAAUUGUAAGCCGGCGGUAUCCCACAAGGUGUUGGUAUUGCCAUAUUAUGACACAUAUGCGGCAUUAACUGGUGAGGAGAGAAGAGCUUUACACAUGGUAAGAGAGAGAGAAGUAUGUUUUGGGGUCCGAUCAGGGUCACAGGUGGUGCCGUCUAAUAUACCAAAUGAGUCGUAAAGGCACGCCUGGAAUUGCAGCAGAGGCCAUGGUUAGUCGGCCACUUUUUUGGCAUGUGGUGGCGUUGCACUCUUUACCGCCGUCCAGCUGUCAUCGGCGUUUUGGAAGCGCUUUUCUGGGCGGGCAAAGUCGGGCACGGUUAUUAGGGGAAGGGGGUCAGACGCUUUGUAGGCGUUUGCGUGUUGCGGUAGUCGAUCGCAGUGACAGAGGAGUUGGGUUUAGCUGGGUCGGGUUGGUGUUGUUCGGCUGGUCGCAUGACUGCCCGUCGACUUGGUUGGGGUUUCAAGUUGGGUCGGCAGCUGCAGCUGCCUUCUGUUGCCGUGUUGUAAUAAUCAAAGUACCUUGUAGGAUAGCGCCAUUGUAGUGCGCUGAACAAAGGAAGGUGGUCCUCGUUAAGGACAUGUGGGGGUCAUAUCCACGAAGCCACCUUCUGCUCGUUUUGUAAAUGCGUCGCCCUCUUCUGUUUGCCGAGGUUCGAGGGGACGCUUGUAGCGGGGCAAGGCAGCGGCCCCAUUCGUUUAAGGGGCAGGCAUUCGAACGGCCUUGUUUUCCCUAUCCAUAUGUCGCGUAUAGUUUAUGCAUCGAGGUUUUGAGAUGUAGCCACGCUUUGUUGUGUCUCGCUGUUUGCUCUCCUAGAUUGGUUCACUGUUUCUUCCACCGCUCCGGUGACGUACGGCCGUUCAGCUUCGUGCCCGGCCAUGGAACGGUGUGCAUAUGAUUAUUGCUGCGUACACAUGUUGGAAAAAGGUCUGGUUGGAAAGGGCAACCUUUGGUUCGGAUUGGAUUGGACCGCAAUACAGAUUGUAGUUUUAGUAGUUAUUGAGUCGCCUUUUCGACCUUCGGUGAUGUCUUUGGAGGGCGGGCAUCUGCUGUGACGGCAGGCGGUUGGCGUCUCGGUUAGGCAGGAUGGACGCCCUGCGUUUGCUGCAGGGUGCUGGGGGUUUAAUGGUGUUCCUGCUUCGCGCCCUGGCUUGUUUGUCGGUCUCAACGACCAUACUUGCUGAAGUAUGGUGCGUGAAGUAACUAAAGUACCUAAAGACGUUUUUCUCCUAAACGUUUAAGACCGUGUUAACGACUGCUGAUUUGUUGCGGAUGGCGUUUCGUCCAUGUCUUUAUCCAAUCCGGCGCAGAAGACGACUACAGGAUUAAUUACCUUCGUAGCUACUUUGCCUUGCUGCUACGAACACUGAAGCCAUUCCUGCGGCGGGUGGGAGAGGUAUGAAAGACGCCGUAGCAAUUAUGGGCCUUGUGUUGAUGUGAUGAGUGCUGCUACGCUAGGAUCUGGCGAGCCCUGACAGCCCUGCUGAGCUCCUCCGGGUGACUGGGGCGUUUUGGUCCGGUCUGGGUCGAGUACCGGGAACGGGGUCGAAGUGACGUUCACAGGGCUGGUCGAUCCUAGGCGUGUAUUGAAGAGAGAGAGAAUAUGCUACAUCUGGGUGCAUCUGUUCGUAAUACCAUGUGCUGGCUCAUGGCUUGGACCACCUCCUGGAUGUACAUGGGCAGCUGCACCGCCCAUAGGUUCGCGUUUACAGGAGGCUGACACAUUAGUUUGCAGUCUGCGGAUGUGGGAUUGGAUGGAUAUGGUUGACGUGUCAGGGUUGACUCCCAUGCCUCCAUGCACCUGCUCUUCGUCGCGGGGGUUACGGUUGCCGUCAGGGAGGUAGGGUGCACUAGUUGGCCGGCUGCUGGGCGUGUGGCGGCGCUGUUAGGGCUGGUGUUUGCGCUAUUGGUCCGCAGGCCGCGUCUGCAGGGCUGCGUGGGGCAGCAUCGGGGUGCUCGAUCGGGUUGGAGCUGUGGUGGCUGGGCAAGUUGCAUGGAAGGAGGCAAAGCGGCUGUGGCGCGCGUCGUUUCGCAGUGCGUUUGGACUUCUUUUGGGGGGUAUUUAACAAGAUGAUGCGAUUGUUUUCACCCCACCAUGGGUGGCUAUACUUGGGGUGCAGCCCUGAGCUGGUUUCAGGCGCCAACUGGUGUAUCUAUCCGUGUGGUUCUUGCUUGCUCUGUGUGUUGUUCCUUGCGCGGUUGUGACCUCUGCGGUGGUUGGUGCGUUUGCUGCGGUUGGUUUCAGUGUGUGGUGUUUUGCGUCCGUGUCGCGAUGUUUUGUCCGUUUGUUAAGAAUAUAAGCCGGGUUGCGCGGCAUCGGUAAAUGUAUUUUAUAAGGGGUGUUGUUGUGGGGAUUUGCAGGAGGAAAGUCGAGUAGUACCUGCGGUGCCGCACAUUUUUAAGCGGAGAAAUAAUACUAACAAAAAUAAAACUCGUACGGUGUAAAAAUACUACGGUAC